UGACUUCCAUCAGCCCCAAGCUGGCCGUCGUGACCCCCACAUUCCCUAGACUGCCUCCUGGUGGCUUCUACAGGUCCGAUGUGACCCUGACGAACUGGAGAAGGCCUCUGGUCUUGGAUGUCCUUUUGCAGAGGUCCCACAAUCCCCGCAGAAGAGGUGAGGAAGAACGGGUUCGCCCCAGAAGUCAUUCAGAACCAGACUAGAAAGUGGAAAGCAAGUCCCGAACGCGCUCCCGGGCUGGGAGUGAGAGUUCUUAAAUCCUGGGCUGGGUUUUGGCCCUCCCCCAAGGAUCCCCGGGCCGCCCCCAGUCACGUGGCCCGCGGGGCCGCCAGGUAACCCAGAGAGGGAGCGAGAGGCCGGCAUCCGCCCCGCCAGGCGCCGCGGGCGGGUCACAGCUGCGCCCACUGCCCCAGCCGGGGCCGCAGGUGCCGCCCCCAGCACGCUGCGUCCCGCCCAAGCCCAUCCGUGUUCGCCGUCGGACGGUGCGUGCGUGCGCCUCGUCGGUCCGCGUGUGUGGCCGAGCGCCCCCUUCCUCCGCGGCCAUGACGCCGCCGCCGCCGCCGCCCCCGGGUCCAGACCCUUCUAUAGACUCCGCCGCAGACCCUUGUGCGGGGUCAGGAUCUCUGGUUGUGCUAUUCGGGGCUACGGCCGGUGCGCUGGGGCCGGAUCUGGGCUCGGAUGAGACCGACUUAAUCCUCCUAGUGUGGCAAGUGGUGGAGCCACGAAGCCGCCAGGUGGGAACGCUGCACAAGUCGCUGGUUCGAGCCGAGGCGGCUGCGCUGAGUCCGCAGUGCCGCGAGGCGAGCGGCCUGAGCGCGGACAGCCUGUCGCGGGCCGAGUCGCUGGACAAGGUGCUUCAGCAGUUCUCACAGCUGGUGAACAGGGAUGUGGUUCUGCUGGGCGGGGGCCCCUAUGUGCUCUGCACUGAUGGGCAACAGCUGUUGCGACAGGUCUUACAUCCUGAGGCCUCCAGGAAGAAUCUGGUGCUCCCCGACACCUUCUUCUCCUUCUACGACCUUCGCAGAGAGUUCCAUAUGCAGCACCCGAGCACCUGCUCUGCCAGGGACCUCACAGUGGCCACCAUGGCACAGGAUUUGGGAUUAGAGACAGAUGCCACAGAGGAUGACUUUGGGGUCUGGGAAGUGAAGACAAUGGUGGCUGUCAUCCUCCACCUGCUUGAAGGACCUAGUGGUCAAUUGUUUUCGAAGCCCGAGGUGGUAAAGCAGAAAUAUGAGACGGGGCCUUGCAGCAAGGCUGAUGUGGUGGACAGUGAGACUGUGGUACGGGCCCGUGGGUUGCCCUGGCAGUCAUCAGACCAGGAUGUGGCUCGCUUCUUCAGAGGGCUCAACAUUGCCAGGGGUGGUGUAGCCCUCUGCCUCAAUGCCCAGGGCCGAAGAAAUGGUGAGGCCCUCAUCCGCUUCACAGACAGGGAGCAGCGGGACCUCGCUCUGCAAAGACACAAGCACCACAUGGGUGUCCGCUACAUUGAGGUCUAUAAAGCAACAGGGGAAGAGUUUGUGAAAAUUGCAGGGGGCACAUCACUAGAGGUAGCUCGUUUCUUGUCACGGGAAGACCAAGUGAUCCUAAGGCUUCGGGGACUGCCCUUCUCAGCUGGGCCAACAGACGUGCUAAGCUUCCUGGGGCCAGAGUGCCCAGUAACUGGGGGUGCUGACGGGCUGCUCUUUGUGCGCCACCCUGAUGGCAGGCCAACUGGUGAUGCCUUUGCCCUCUUUGCCUGUGAAGAGCUGGCACAGGCUGCACUUCGAAGACACAAGGGCAUGCUGGGUAAGCGGUACAUUGAACUGUUCCGGAGCACUGCAGCUGAGGUACAGCAGGUCCUGAACCGCUAUGCAUCCAGCCCACUCCUUCCCACACUGACAGCUCCACUGCUGCCCAUCCCUUUUCCACUGGCACCUGGGGCUGGGAGGGACUGUGUUCGCCUUCGAGGAUUGCCUUACACAGCCACCAUUGAGGAUAUCCUGAGCUUUUUGGGGGAGGCAGCAGCUGACAUCCGGCCUCAUGGUGUACAUAUGGUGCUCAACCAGCAGGGCCGGCUAUCUGGUGAUGCCUUCAUCCAGAUGACAUCAGCAGAGCGGGCCCUAGCAGCUGCUCAGCGAUGCCACAAGAAGAUGAUGAAGGAACGAUACGUGGAGGUGGUCCCCUGUUCUACAGAGGAGAUGAGCCGUGUGCUGAUGGGGGGAACCUUGAGCCGCAGUGGCAUGAGUCCUCCACCCUGCAAGCUGCCCUGCCUCUCACCACCCACCUACGGCCCCUUCCAGGCCACCCAAGCUCUCAUCCCCACUGAGACGGCAGCUCUGUAUCCUUCUUCAGCACUGCUCCCAGCUGCCAGGGUGUCUGCUGCCACCACCCCUGUUGCCUACUACCCAGGGCCAGCCACUCAACUCUACAUGAACUACACAGCCUACUACCCCAGCCCCCCAGUUUCCCCUACCACUGUGGGCUACCUCGCCACACCUCCUCCUGCUCUAGGCUCUACUUCCACCUCAGUGUUGUCUCAGCCAGGAGCCCUGAUCCGAAUGCAGGGCAUCCCAUACACAGCUGGCAUGAAGGAUCUGCUCAGUGUCUUCCAGGCCUACCCGCUAGCCCCUGAUGACUACACCACUCUGAUGCCUGUUGGUGAUCCAUCUCGCCCUGUGUUACAAGCCCCCAAGGAGUGGGUGUGUUUGUAGGUGAGGAAGCCAGGAACUGAGAGCUAGCUGAUGCCUUCAGCUGUCGUACCUUUUCAGCAUGCAGAGUACCUUCACUCCAGUGGCUUCUUUCUGGCUUGUCAAAGCUUUCAGAAGGCACCCAGAGAAGACCAAGCCCAGCUCCAUCUUCUACUUAUUUUUCUUCUUGUUCACCCUGAAGAUGGCUACCCUGAAUGCAGGGCUAAGGGUGGAAAGGGAUGUCUUGCUCUGAACAGCAUGGCUGGGCCUCUUGAGUGGCACCUGGAAAGCUUUUGAGCUGUCCUGCACAGGCCUGUAUCCAGUGGGCCUGACAGGCUGUCUAAAUGCUGGUGCCCGCCCUCAAUGUGUGACUCCUAGAGAAUCAAGGGUCUGAGUCUGAGUGAGGAUCCCAAUAAUCUCCCCAUCCUCUCCUAUGGGAGGUGGGAGGCAGAAAGGCAGAGUCAGUUCCUGCCCUUAGGAUACUGGAUUUCAGAGACCAUACUGUAACAGGGGUGGCCUCACCUAAGGGUGCUACCCUCCUCCAAACAGGCCCAAGAAACGCCAAGUGGAUAAACCGCAAAGUAUUCUGGACUAUGCUGCAGAAUCUUCAGAGAACACUAGGGGGCAGGAGGACCCCACACAAAAACUCAGGCUUGAAUUUUAAAGGAACUGUUCCAAUUUUUUUGCCCGCCCUUUUUUGUGCUGGGUAUUGAACCCUGGGCCUGGUGCAUACUAGGAAAGUGCUCACACUGUGCUAUACACCCAGUC